UGAAUGCGCUCCCUGCCUCCCGGCCGGCGCUUUGGGCUUCCCCUCGGCCGCUUCCCGCCGGAACCUCUCCAGCCGGCCACCUGAAGGGCACUGGCAUCAUGGUCUAACGCGGCACCUGCCUGGAAUCCCCUUUCUCCUCGUCUUCCUCCUCCUACUCCACCCCUCCUCUCUUCCUCCGAGGACCCUCGUGCCCACUCCACUGCGGACCCCCGAGCACUUUAAGGAAUAAGCCUUGGCAGCUGCACGAUUCACUCUCUCCGAAACCUCAUGGGCAGUUUCUCCCGCCGGCGAUGAUGGAGAACCUAAUAAGGGGAAGGCAUCCCCCACAAUAUCAGAGAAGUCCUUGUAAAGAAGUUCGUGCAGCACUUCGGAAGAGGCCUGAAGAAGAGUUGCAGUGCCUGGAGAUGACCACCAAACGGAAAAUCAUCGGCCGACUGGUGCCGUGCCGAUGUUUCCGAGGUGAAGAAGAAAUCAUCUCAGUUUUAGACUACUCCCACUGCAGCCUUCAGCAGGUGCCAAAGGAGGUCUUUAACUUCGAGCGGACAUUAGAGGAGCUUUAUCUAGAUGCCAAUCAAAUUGAAGAACUACCUAAGCAAUUGUUCAACUGUCAAGCUCUAAGAAAACUAAGUAUUCCUGAUAAUGAUCUUUCAAAUCUGCCAACCACUAUUGCUAGUUUAGUUAAUCUUAAGGAACUCGACAUCAGUAAAAAUGGUGUUCAAGAAUUUCCAGAAAAUAUUAAAUGCUGUAAGUGUUUAACAAUUAUUGAAGCCAGUGUCAAUCCCAUUUCUAAACUCCCUGAUGGCUUCACACAGCUUCUAAAUCUGACCCAGCUCUACCUGAAUGACGCCUUUCUUGAAUUUCUUCCAGCCAAUUUUGGAAGACUUGUCAAAUUGCGGAUCUUGGAGUUAAGAGAAAAUCAUUUGAAAACUCUACCAAAGUCAAUGCACAAACUGGCCCAGUUGGAAAGACUUGACCUAGGCAAUAAUGAAUUCAGUGAGCUGCCUGAAGUUCUGGAUCAAAUACAAAAUUUAAGGGAGUUGUGGAUGGAUAAUAAUGCAUUACAAGUGCUACCUGGGUCUAUAGGGAAGUUAAAGAUGUUGGUAUACCUGGAUAUGUCAAAAAACAGAAUCGAAACGGUUGACAUGGAAAUUUCUGGAUGUGAAGCCCUUGAGGACCUCUUACUGUCAUCGAAUAUGUUGCAACAGUUGCCCGACUCUAUAGGUCUUUUGAAAAAACUAACUACUCUAAAAGUAGAUGACAAUCAACUUACAAUACUACCCAAUACAAUUGGAAAUUUAUCUUUAUUAGAAGAAUUUGACUGUAGCUGUAAUGAAUUGGAGUCUCUACCUUCUACUAUUGGCUACCUUCAUAGUCUUCGAACGUUAGCAGUCGAUGAGAAUUUCCUUCCAGAAUUACCCAGAGAAAUCGGAAGCUGUAAGAAUGUAACAGUUAUGUCUCUACGUUCUAAUAAACUGGAAUUUCUUCCUGAAGAGAUUGGACAGAUGCAGAAACUAAGAGUCUUAAAUUUGAGUGACAACAGGUUGAAGAAUUUACCAUUCUCAUUUACCAAACUUAAAGAACUUGCAGCUUUGUGGCUUUCUGACAAUCAGUCAAAAGCCCUUAUCCCUUUACAAACUGAAGCCCAUCCAGAAACAAAGCAAAGAGUAUUGACUAACUACAUGUUUCCCCAGCAACCUCGUGGUGAUGAAGAUUUCCAGUCAGACAGUGACAGCUUUAACCCAACACUGUGGGAAGAGCAGAGACAACAACGCAUGACUGUUGCCUUUGAAUUUGAAGAAAAAAAGGAAGAUGACGAAAAUGCUGGGAAAGUUAAGGAUCACUCCUGCCAAGCCCCCUGGGAAAGGGGCCAGCGUGGGAUUACUCUCCAACCUGCCAGACUGUCUGGCGAUUGCUGCACACCAUGGGCCAGGUGUGAUCAGCAGAUCCAAGAUAUGCCCGUCCCCCAGAAUGACCCACAGCUGGCAUGGGGUUGUAUAAGUGGCCUCCAGCAAGAAAGGAGCAUGUGUACUCCAUUGCCAGUUGCAGCACAAUCCACCACUCUUCCCUCUCUAAGUGGCAGACAGGUUGAAAUAAACCUAAAACGAUAUCCAACUCCUUACCCAGAGGAUUUAAAGAAUAUGGUAAAAUCUGUUCAAAAUCUGGUGGGUAAGCCAAGCCAUGGAGUGCGUGUUGAGAAUUCAAACCCAACUGCUAACACGGAGCAAACUGUGAAAGAAAAGUAUGAACACAAGUGGCCUGUAGCCCCAAAGGAGAUUACAGUGGAGGAUUCUUUUGUUCAUCCAGCUAAUGAAAUGAGGAUUGGGGAACUUCACCCUUCAUUAGCUGAGACCCCUCUGUACCCACCCAAACUUGUUCUGCUAGGGAAGGACAAAAAAGAAUCAACUGAUGAGUCUGAAGUUGACAAAACUCACUGUCUGAAUAACAGUGUUUCCUCAGGCACUUACUCAGACUACUCACCUUCCCAGGCUUCCUCAGGAUCCUCUAACACCCGGGUUAAAGUGGGGUCCUUGCAGCCAACAGCUAAAGAUGCAGUACAUAAUUCUUUGUGGGGUAACAGGAUUCCACCAUCUUUCCCACAGCCUCUGGAUUCAAAGCCAUUACUCAGCCAGCGAGAGGCUGUUCCCCCAGGGAAUCUACCACAGCGUCCUGACCGGCUGCCAAUGAGUGACGCCUUCACUGACAACUGGACUGAUGGUUCACAUUAUGAUAACACAGGGUUUGUUGCAGAGGAGACCACCGGCGAGAAUGCUAACAACAAUCCUCUCUUAAGUUCGAAAUCUAGAAGCACAUCUUCUCAUGGACGCAGGCCUUUGAUUAGGCAGGAUAGGAUUGUUGGUGUUCCCCUGGAACUUGAGCAAUCUACACACAGACACACACCAGAAACAGAAGUGCCUCCUUCCAAUCCUUGGCAGAAUUGGACCAGAACCCCUAGUCCUUUUGAAGACAGGACCGCUUUCCCUUCCAAAUUAGAGACAACCCCCACCACCAGCCCAUUGCCUGAAAGGAAAGAUCAUAUAAAAGAAUCUGUUGAAAUACCUAGUCCUUUUUCUCCAGGAGUACCAUGGGAGUAUCACGAUUCCAAUCCCAACAGGAGUCUUAGCAAUGUCUUUUCUCAAAUCCACUGCCGCCCAGAAUCUUCUAAAGGUGUUAUUUCCAUUAGCAAAAGCACAGAGAGGCUUUCCCCACUAAUGAAAGAUAUCAAGUCCAAUAAAUUCAAAAAGUCACAGAGUAUCGAUGAGAUUGACAUUGGUACGUACAAGGUUUAUAACAUACCAUUAGAAAACUAUGCUUCUGGGAGUGAUCACUUAGGAAGCCAUGAACGACCAGAUAAAAUGUUGGGACCAGAGCAUGGUAUGUCCAGUAUGUCUCGAAGCCAGUCAGUCCCAAUGCUGGAUGAUGAGAUGCUCACUUAUGGAAGUAGUAAAGGGCCACAACAACAGAAGGCUUCCAUGACAAAAAAAGUCUAUCAGUUUGACCAAAGCUUCAACCCCCAAGGAGCAGUGGAAGUUAAAGCCGAAAAGAGGAUACCGCCCCCCUUUCAACACAAUUCUGAGUACGUGCAACAGCCCAGCAAAAACCUCGCCAAGGAUUUGGUUAGUCCUAGAGCUUACAGAGGAUACCCACCAAUGGAGCAAAUGUUCUCAUUUUCUCAGCCAUCUGUUAAUGAGGAUGCUGUGGUGAAUGCUCAGUUUGCAAGCCAAGGUGCCAGGGCAGGCUUCUUGAGAAGAGCCGACUCUCUGGCGAGCUCCACAGAAAUGGCCAUGUUUAGAAGGGUCAGUGAACCUCAUGAGCUGCCUCCGAGUGAUAGGUACGGCAGACCUCCAUAUAGGGGAGGUCUGGAUCGCCAAAGCAGCGUUUCAGUGACUGAGUCCCAGUUCCUGAAAAGGAAUGGCAGGUAUGAAGAUGAACACCCUUCAUAUCAAGAAGUGAAAGCUCAGGCGGGAAGUUUUCCAGUUAAAAACCUUACCCAGAGGAGGCCACUGUCUGCAAGAAGCUACAGUACAGAGAGUUACGGUGCCUCCCAAACCAGGCCAGUUUCAGCUAGGCCUACUAUGGCAGCUCUUUUGGAAAAAAUACCAUCUGACUAUAACUUGGGUAACUAUGGUGACAAGCCAUCAGAUAACAGUGAUAUAAAGACGAGGCCUACUCCUGUGAAGGGAGAGGAGAGCUGUGGUAAAAUGCCUGCAGACUGGAGACAACAGCUGCUUAGACAUAUAGAAGCUAGAAGGUUAGACAGGAAUGCUGCUUACAAACACAACACAGUUAACCUUGGCAUGCUGCCCUAUGGAGGUAUUUCAGCAAUGCAUGCAGGCAGAAGCAUGACUUUAAACUUGCAGACUAAGUCUAAAUUUGAUCUACAAGAACUACCUCUUCAGAAAACCCCGUCCCAGCAAAGCAACAUUUUAGACAAUGGACAAGAAGAUGUAUCUCCUAGUGGCCAAUGGAAUCCUUAUCCUCUUGGGAGGCGGGAUGUACCUCCGGACACCAUUACUAAAAAGGCAGGCAGCCACAUCCAGACGUUGAUGGGGUCCCAAAGCCUUCAGCAUCGAAGCCGGGAGCAGCAGCCAUAUGAGGGAAAUAUAAACAAAGUGACCAUCCAGCAAUUUCAGUCACCAUUGCCUAUUCAGAUCCCCUCUUCACAGGCCACCCGGGGACCUCAGCCUGGACGGUGCUUAAUUCAAACUAAAGGGCAAAGGAGUAUGGAUGGAUAUCCAGAGCAGUUUUGUGUGAGAAUAGAAAAGAAUCCUGGCCUUGGAUUUAGUAUCAGUGGUGGAAUUAGCGGACAAGGAAAUCCAUUUAAACCUUCUGACAAGGGUAUCUUUGUUACUAGGGUUCAGCCUGAUGGACCAGCAUCCAACCUGCUGCAGCCUGGUGAUAAGAUCCUUCAGGCAAAUGGACAUAGUUUUGUACAUAUGGAACAUGAAAAAGCUGUAUUACUACUGAAGAGUUUCCAGAACACAGUAGACCUAGUUAUUCAACGUGAGCUUACUGUCUAAAUAUUUUUUAUAAAUAGUGAAGAUACGUCUAGCCAGACCUAAUGUUCAAAAAAUAAAUUUAUACAUAGAAACAAAUUUUGCCAAUUGCUGGACCAAUGGCAAACAUUAGUGCCAAAUGUAUAAUAUACUAUAUGUUAGCACUGAUCAUCCUUAAAAAUGUUAACUAUAUAAAUAUGAUGUUCAUGUGGUUAUGUAUUAGUUUUAAUUGUCAGCCUCCGGCUGUGCAUUGGUGCAGUUUUGGUUUUGUUUUUGUUUUGUUUUUUUAAUCAAAUAAGUUUCUUCUCGAAGUGGAUUUCAUAUAAUUUCGGAGCACGGAAGCACAUACAAGCUCUUUACGAAUUCUGCUCUCCAUCAGAAACACUGCCUCAAAGUUGUAUAUGCCUUUAUAUAGAAAAUACAAACAUAAAGAAUUGUAAUUCCCAUAAAAUAUUUCUAGCACAGGUAUAUGUUGGCAUAUAUACAAAAAGAAUAUAGAGACAAACAAUAUUUUCAUAAACUAAACAUCUCGGAUUGAGAAAGAAACUAUAUCUUAAAAUAAGACUUUACUACAUUGAAUCUUUUUCAAUAAAAAUCACAUGAUAAUGCCUUAUGAAAGGAACUGUACAUAUGGUAUAAAGUGUUUAUAUUUGGUUCCAUAUUCAUUUGCUAAAUUCUCAUAACACAGAGUGAAAUAUUUCAUAAAUUAGCCAUUUAUCUCUGGGACCUGAAUAAAAAUAGGAGAAACUAAUUUGUUCAAUGCCUUCAGCUAAUUACAAUACACACAGAGUUAAGAUACAGACUAAAGGUCAUUAUAGAUAAAUCUUUUUCACCACAAAUUUAAGCAGUGAAUGAUGGGUGGCAGGAAAGAUAUUCCUUUAUUUCUUUCAAGUUUAUGUUGACUAUAAACUGUAGCCCCUGUGAUUUCUUUACUUGUAAAUGUGGAAUUUAUCUGUGUGUUGCUUAAUCUAAUUUGCUACUUUUAAAUCAUUUAAAAUGAGUUUUGGAGAUUGAUAAAAUUUAUCAUUAAGAAAGAAUUGUUAGAAAGUUAUGGUGGAUGAUUAAAAAACUUUAGUAUUUAAAUAUGAAACUUCAAAUAUAAUUUCUCAGAGCUGUGGUCUACAUGUAUUAUUAAUUUCAGUGCCUGUUUUUGUGGGCAAAAAUAGAGAAAAUACUUUUUUUCCAAAAACGUUUCAAAGUAUAUAAAAUCCUGAGUCUGUCUUACUGGAGAGAAAGUCAAGCAUAGUUAAUAUAGAAUUAGUUAUUUUUUACAUUAGAAUCAUUUUUCUCUAUAAAUGAUCAAAAUUCAUUUAUAAUCCUUUAAAAUAUUUCUUUUAUAUAUUAGUCAUUAAUUUGAUUAAAAUGUUAAUUUGAAAUUCCAGAAUAAUUUCCCAGAGUUGGUUGUAUGCAUGUUCCCUCUCAUAUUUCCACAUUAUAUAUAUGUCAUAUAUAUAAUGAAUUUAGUUUAUAUGCUAGUGUUUCAACUAUUCUAUUAAGAGUUUUACAAUAGAAUCACAUAUUGAUGUCACCAAAGCUCUGAGAGUAAUAUUUGUAAGUUAACUGUUUUAUGGGGACAUUGAAAAUACUGUAUUUUUGUAGGGUCUAUUAAAAUGAGUGUCACUUAUUAGAAGUACAGUGGUAUUUUUUGGCAAUAGAAUUUGUCACUUGAAGGCAAAUGAUACUUCACUUUAUAGAUGAUGCACUAAUUUUGAUGUUGCUUUAUGUCAGGGUGACAUUAUACCAUGAUUUUAUAGGGUUUGACAUUUAGCAAAUGAUUAAAUGAUUGGCCUAUUUAAUAUGUUUCCCAGAAGUAACUUUUAAAUGCAUUUUAAUAUAUUGACAGUUUCUGAUGAGAAAUGUCUUUCAGAGCCUAAUUUUCUUUGUCAAAAACUUACACCAAACCAUGGUACCACUGUUUCCAGCUCCUAUUAUAGGAUGAUCAUCAUUAAUCAAGAUACAAGCCCCCUGCCCCUGCUGGCCUCACAUGAUCACUUAAAGGAUGGAGGACUUCCCAACUCUCUUAUGUCAGGUUUCCACAUCAAACCCAAGGUUUCAGGAGAUGCUUCUGAAGCACAAAGCUGAGAGGAUCAUAGUAAACACCUCUGCCACUCCUGAUGUGACAACAUUGUCCUGGGCCAGUGCUUUCAUCCUUCCUGUUUGACAGGAAGUGAGAAAAAGUGAAAGGGGAUCCCUGACCAAAUGGGAAAGAAAUCUGAUGUGCCAAAGCACCUCACUGUUUAUUGUACUGCCAUGCUGCAUACUGAGAAAAGGCAGGUAAUAAUGAAAGGAAGCAUUUUUUUUAGGUCGAAUAAAAUCACUAAUUACUUAAGAGGGUUAAGAAAUCUAAUUUAUUCCAUCCAUGACCAAAACCAAUAAUACAUUAAUUUCUGUGUAUUGACUUUUUUUGGAGUAACUACCUUUGCUGCCUGAACUUAGAAUCUGAUUUAUUUUAACCACCCCUCACCAAUCCUGCUCUGCCCAAAAAAAGUUAAAGGUGUGCCUUUUUAAAAAAGAAAAUUGACAGCAACAAAGGAGUAGAAUUCAUGAUGACUCCAGUAGACUCCCCUCUUGGUCUUUGAUUUUAUCGAGAUCUUUCUCCCGAGGCAGCUGUCUAUAUCUGAUGGAUCAGUAAGACACAAUGAAGGGGGAUGAGAAAGAUCAGAGGUGGAAAGAACAAGCACUGAAAAAUGUUGGUAGAAUUUCUGCAGAUUUUGCAAGCCAAAUAGACAUUUGUGGACAACUUUUAAACACUAUUUACAUGGCUUAUAAUACAUUAUCACAAAAGCUCUCUUAUGAUAAUUUCUGCCUUCAGACAAUAUAAGUUAUCUAGACAUUGAUUUCAAAAUAUGAGUGGAUUUUGACAGGGAAUACUGGAAAUCAGUAUAACAUACUAAUAUUUAUAUCAUGCUAAUUUAUGACUCAUAAAAACCUAUAAAAUAUGUGUCUCAGUUACUUAGAACUGUUAAGUAUAUGAAGAUCAAACAGUCCCAGUCACUUCUGGGUCUUCUAUUGGCUUACUACUUUCAAGAUGAAAGGCAUGUAUAAGAGAGGAUGACAAAUCAGCAUUAAUUUGGUUUUAAUUUUAAAGAUGACUCCACACAUAUUACUAAUAUAAUUGCUUGUUUAAAAAGUAGUACUGAAAUACAUUUCACCAGGUGAACUAAAGAGAAAGAAUACUCAGAAGAAAAUGAAGAAAUUAGAUUUAUACAUUCAAAUAUUAAGUGAAAAGUAUUUGAAUUUGCCAAAAUGAUUCGAUGAAGGAAGCCAGGAAACAAAAACAUUUUACUAUAAAUCAUAAAAUCUAUUGAAUAUCUUCACCAAAAUUUAAAUAUUCGCAAAACAUAGUGGGUUUCCUAACUUAUUUUUUCAUGGGUUUUUAAUGCUGUCCACCAGUUAAUGUCUGCCCCUCACUGGCACACAGAUCGAGAAUGUCCACUCCGAAGAAUAUACUGUUAUCAAGAGACAACAACACACGUAACCAAAUAAACCACCGUGUCGGCAUGUUGGUGCAACACCACCGCUCUAAGCCUUUGGUGAAUUCAGUCAGACAAUAUGUUUGCCUGACUCCUGAUAUACUGACCACUUGGCAGGAUUAUUGAAACACUAGGUCAGUAAAAAGUUAUGCAAAUAACGAAAUCCAGUAAGUUAGGAAGAUGGGUCUUUUAUGUAGUAUCAAGAAAAGCAGGGUUGAGUUUCCAGUAAAAUUCCUCUCACAGAAAUGCUAAAUCUUUGUGAGGCUCAAUAAAAUGUUCAAACACUG